UGAUCUCUGUUGCUUUUCCUGCGUAGUGAAAGCGAAAAACUACAACACCAGAAAGCAGGAAAAAACUAUUAAACUGGCGGCGUAGUUACUAAACCUCCAGGAGUCCCAAAACAAUGUCUACAGAGGAGCUGUCAGCGUCGGACAGCGAGGCUCUCUUCGCCGGCGCAGGGGAGCGAUGGGCACCGGUGGGCGCCGUUGCCAGCCCCGAGGAUGAGCGCAGCUGCAGCGGGAGAAGGAACGCUGGUCAGCCGGGGCAGAGAGGCUCAUCGUCGGGCCUCGAGGAGGAGAUGUCCGCUAAGAUGAAGAGGCUGGAGGACGAGCAGGACUUGCUGAACUCGUCUCUGCUCGCACUCACCUCCCAUUUCGCUCAGGUGCAGUUCCGACUGAAACAGAUAGUUCACGCGCAGAGCGACGAGAAGGAGAGGAUGCUGGCCGAGCUGGAGGAGUUUGCGUUCAGGGGAUGCCCGCAUGUGGUGGGCUGCAGGGUGCAGGAUGCCACGCAGCUGGAGAACUCGAGUGAAAGAGAGAAGAGGGAGCGCCUGGAGGCUCAGAGAGAAAAACAGAAGGAUCUCAUUUUCCAACUGAAGACCCAGCUGGACGACCUGGAGCGCUUCGCCUACCAGGAAGGCAGCUACGACUCGCUGCCGCAGUCUGUCGUCAUGGAGAGACAGAAGGUCAUCAUCGACGAGCUGAUCAAAAAGCUGGACGUGAACCUGAACGAGGACAUCGGGAACUUGUCCCCCGAGGAGCUGAGGCACCGAGUGGACGCUGCCAUCGCUCAGAUAGUGAACCCGGCCCGGGUCAAAGAGCAGCUAGUGGACCAACUCAAAACCCAGAUCAGAGACCUGGAGAUGUUCAUCAACUUUAUCCAGGACGAGGUGGGGAAUCCUCUGUUGCCAGAUGGAAACAACCAGCAGCCGCAAGCAGCAGGAACCAGCGCCAGAGCUGCAGGAGUGAAGAAGAAAGUGGACCCAGAACAGGCUCAGAAGAUGCGGGAGACGGGCCUGCAGCUGAUCCAGAAGGCGCUCGCCGUGCUGCAGAUUUUCGCUGCCAGCCAGUUUGGCUGCGCUCCCGGUCAUGUCCCUCAGAGCAUGUGGCCUCAGGACUCAACGGUGCAGGACUACGGCCCCUUGCUGCAGCGUCUGGAGGCGGCCGUCGACAAGGUGCGGGUGCUGGGGUCGCGCAGGCAGCCGUGCCUCGAACACGUCGUCAACUACACCAGCAACACGGCUCUGGGGCCCCGAGACGAGCUGACGACGUCCGUGAGGAAGGAGCUGGCUUUUGCUCUGAAAGACUUGUUGGCUCACGGACUCUUUUCGCCCUCCCAGACCAUGAGCCUGGUGCUGGCUCCCAUCUCCUGCCUGCUGCCUUACAGACCCGCACCACAGACCAUGCACCCGUGGGACCUCUUUGUCAAAUACUACCACUCCAAAAACGGGAAGGAGUUCGUGGAGUCACCUGCACGCCAGCUUUCGCAGUCCUUCAGCCUGCCUGUAGGGGGCGGCCCGGUCACCAUCACCCCUAAACAGUCUCUGCUGUGGGCCAUCCACACUGUGCUGAAGGAGCACGGACGCUACAAGCGAGGACCGGACACGGAGUUCAAAGCGCUGGUUUGCAUGGCUCUGAAUGAGCAGCGGCUGGUGUCGUGGCUCAACCUGCUGUGUAAGACGGGGACUCUGAUACACCCACACUACCAAUCCUGGAGCUACAUGGCUCAGACCGGCUUCGAGGGGGCUUUGCGCAUCCUGGGACGCAUCAGCCACCUUAAAUUUAACCUCCCGGUGGACCUGGCUGUGAGGCAACUGAAGAACAUUAAGGAUGCUUUCUGAGGAGGGACCAAAAAAAAAAAAAGACAUAAAACAAACAGAUGAGAAGUAGAGAAACACUAGUCUCAGAAUUAAAGUAUUUUAUCAGCUAAAGUACACCGCUCUUACCUGGUAUUCAGGGCUGAAAGCAUGACUCUGUGCUUCAAGUAUGUAACAUUUUAAAGGCUGUUUAAAGGGGAUUUAUCAUGCACAUUUCCUGCUCUAUAUUUUUUAAUCUGGGGCUUUACUGUAAUGUCUUUGCAUGAUUAACAGCUCAAAAAAAACUCCUUAUUUAUCUUAUACUGGCUCUGUAUGCAGCCCCUCAGUUCAGCUUCUGACUUAAACAUGCUGUUUUAGCUCCUUUCUCUUUAA